CUCUCUCACCUUCGCGAACGCCACAGAACGAAUUAAGUCCCAUUUCAUGCCACAUAUUGAAGCCAUUUAGUGCCCCGGUUCAGCUUCCAUCCCCCAUUCCCUCCCUCCGGCCUUCCUCUCUCCUCAGCCUGGUGCGACGACUUCUACCUCCGACUGAACAGCGAGAGACUCGGCCGUACUUACAGGCACGCCCGUGGGCGCCUGGAGGCGAUGGGCGCCCGUGUGAGGGAGGCACGGGCGGCCCUCUUUGUCUGGUUUUCCAUCCGGGACUUCAUGGAGACCGACAGCGCCGAGGAGGAAAUGGAGAUCCACGCCCAGCUGAUGCGCGCGGGCGUGUACGUGGUGCCCGGGAGCAAGCUGUACGGCUCCGACCCGGGUUGGAUCCGCCUCAUCUUCAGCGUGAGGGAAGAGGAGCUCGACGAAGGUCUUAGGAGAAUUGAGUCUGUCCUCAAGAGCAGGAGAAAGGAGACAGCAUGAUUGGAAGAACACACACCUGAAGUCUUACUUUGGCGUCUGGCUGUUACUAUACUUUCACUGUUACGUAGCUAUCUGGUAGCGAAAAUCAUCCUGAAUGUUUGUAGGUUUUCCUCUUAGGAAACAUUAAAUGGUGCAAUUC